GAGUCCAUCUAUAAACGUCUGCAUACUGUAGGGUAUACGCUCGUGCAAGUAAACGCACAACGCUGAUGGCGAUGUUGACGUUUAAUUUAUCGCGGCGAUUUGUGCGUAAAUGUGUUUCAGACUCAACGGAAAAUGAUUUAGUGCUCUUCUCGUGAACGGUGUGACGCCGCGUGACUACGUCCUCGUCGACGAGCUCCGCGAGCAUCUCACCGGCCUGUGAAUAUGCGAUAUUUUUACGCACCAGGGCUUUGGCUCGAUGCACCACGCGCCAUAUUGGUUUGAGAAAAUAUCGUCCGAGUCGGUGAGGAACCUGUGUGUUUCGCGUAUCGUUUUUCCAUCGCGAAUAACGUCUCGUUCGCCGAACGUGUACUCCGACGAUGGAAGAAACAAAGAUUAUUUAUCACAUGGACGACGAGGAGACGCCAUAUCUGGUGAAGCUCAACAUAUCGCCGGAAAGAGUAACUCUAGCCGAUUUCAAGAACGUUUUAAAUCGUCCGAAUUACAAGUAUUUCUUCAAGUCAAUGGACGAUGACUUUGGCGUGGUAAAAGAGGAAAUAGUAGAUGACGACGCUCAUCUGCCGUGUUUCAAUGGCCGAGUUGUCUCUUGGUUGGUAUCCGCCGAAGGUAGCAAUGUCUCGGAUGGCGCGUCUCAGUGUACAGACUCUAUGGCACAUAGCGAAGUGAAACAUGAUCGCGUGGACCAUGCGACCCCGGGACAUGGUAAUAGAGGAAACGCUCCGCUUUCACAUGACGACACGUUGACGGAAACGGAAAGUAUUAUAAGCAGUCGGCAAGGACAUCAUUUACAUAAGAGCUCGAGACACCAUUCGGAAAAGUAUGAGAAAUACAACAAGUACAAUGGACUCCGGAUAAAUGGUCAUUCGAAGCAUCGCUCUGGCCACGGAUAUGAAACUGCCUCUAUUUUAAGCUCAGACUUGGAAACGACAACAUUUUUAGAAUCUGACGACGACGCGAGCAGUCGUAUCACGUCGACAACGGGCCGACACACUAAUAUGAGUAGCACGAUCGAUAGGGGCACUCUUGAUCGGCGUCGACCACAAAGAAGACGGCGACACAGACUACCGCCCAUGUCUCGAACGUCGUCGUUCAGUAGUAUUACUGACAGUACAAUGUCUUUAAAUAUUAUAACUGUUUCAUUAAAUAUGGAUACUGUUAAUUUCCUUGGCAUCAGCAUUGUCGGUCAGAGCAACAAAGGUGGGGACGGCGGCAUAUAUGUCGGUUCAAUAAUGAAAGGGGGAGCGGUUGCUUUAGAUGGUCGAAUAGAACCUGGCGACAUGAUUCUUCAGGUCAAUGACAUUAAUUUUGAAAACAUGUCCAACGACGAGGCGGUGAGAGUGUUACGCGAAGUAGUGCAAAAACCAGGACCAAUAAAACUUGUCGUUGCAAAAUGUUGGGACCCAAAUCCGAAAGGUUACUUCACGAUACCUCGCACAGAGCCGGUACGUCCCAUAGACCCUGGUGCAUGGGUAGCGCACACGGCUGCUAUAAGAGGCGAAGGUUUUCCGCCUCGUCCACCAAGUGCCACAACAUUAACUUCCACUUCGAGCAGUCUUGCGAGCACACUGCCAGAUACUGAACGACCUUUGGAAGAGCUUCAUUUGACUAUACAUACCGACAUGCCGACAAUAGUACGAGCGAUGGCUCGACCUGACUCUGGUUUAGAGAUACGCGAUCGAAUGUGGCUGAAAAUUACUAUUCCAAAUGCAUUUAUUGGCGCAGAUGUCGUGGACUGGUUGAACACGCAUGUGGAAGGAUUUCUCGAUCGACGCGAUGCCAGGAAAUAUGCGUCGCUUAUGCUGAAAGCUGGCUAUAUUCGACAUACCGUGAACAAGAUAACGUUUUCCGAACAAUGUUAUUACAUAUUUGGUGAUUUGUGUUCAGCUAUGAGUAAUAUGAAACUAGAUAAUGACACAGUUAGUCCCUUGCCGCCACCAAGCGCUUGGGAUAUGCCUUAUUCGGGAACAUAUGCACCACAUUCGGCGACAGGUUACAGCCCUAUGCCAUUUAAUUUUACAAAUGAGCCCACGGUAUACGGCUACCAUCGAGAAGAAAGUGUGCACAGUGGUUCAGGUGGUAGCAGUGCGGGUAGUGAACGCAUUUGCAAGGAACCUAUUCACGAUCUAAAAUCAUGUUCUUCGGCAUCAGAAUCGGAGCUGCACAAUCCAUCGGUGCCAUCAAUGCCAAGUAAAAAUUCCGGCAACGGUAACGGUUCAAACGGAAAGAGAUCCAACGGAAGCCGCAGUCGUUCCAGUGGUUCCGAACAAUCUGUUCAAACGGGAACAGGAUCGGGGAAUCAGCAGAAUCAGCAAGACUUAUCUGGAUUAUCUACGACAAUGGGCCAACUAUUUCUUUAAAGUCGAGAAGAUGUUGUUUCUAAAUAUCUCGUAAUUCAGCCAUCUCUAGUACUUUGAAAGUAUCUCAGUAACUUUGUAGAUACGUUCGAAAAAAGAAAAAACAUAAAAAGAAAUGUUUGCGUGCGGACAUUGUUUUAUAUCAUUUGUAAUGUCGACUCGUUAGAGACUUUUACACGCGUAACGAAUUUUUAUAUUGUGUAAAGCUAAUAUUAUUUAUAUCGAAAAAUAGCCUUUAUAAUUACGUUAUAUCACAUUGUAUUGGAAUUCAAUAUAACAUGUACAAAUUCAAUCAUUACACUCAUACUAAAUGUGCCAUCUGUGUUACAAGAAAGCUGCGAGAUUUAUAAUUUAUGUAGAUGCUUACAUUUUUAGAUUAUGUUUAUCGUCAUUGUCUCACACGUAUACUUUUAUAAUUAGUGAUACACAAUUUUCAUGUAUGUUUUAUUUAAGUUUUUAAGUGUAUUUUACGUAUUGUAUCGUCGAGGUGCGUUCUUUCUAUUUAUGCCUUACCGUUACAUUAUGCCAACUUUACCGCAUUUUAUUUGUGUGUGUUACGAAAGGGAAAUCUUUUUCCACACUCGAUUUGAUACUAUGAUAAAAAGAGUUUACUUUAACUUUCAGUCUACAUUACUACCGUUGUAUACGCAAAGACGAACUUUGAACCCACUGGGAUAACUAAACAUUAAAACUAUUUUUUUUCUUUUUCUUUCCUUUCUAAUGUAUUCACGAUAUUAAUAGCAAGAUGUCUUAAUUUUAUCUGCAUGUAUGUAUUACAUAUAACGAUUACUCGUAUAAAGCAAAAGAACAGACGAUAGUCGCUGUGCGUUCAACGUUGUGUUGUAUGUAUGUAUGUAUGUAUGUAUGUGUGUAUGAUUGUAUGUAUGUACGACAGGACAUAGUAUAUAUACAUAGUAACAACCGAAUAUAGCUUCACGUAUAUUUAUUAAUAAUUCGUAUAUAUUUUCAAUUGCAUAUAUAUUCAAAGUCUAUUUAUAAAAUAUUUGUUACGAUGUAGAAAUAAACAAUAUUUCAAUGAAAAGAUUGUUUUUUAUCCUUUGUUAUAUCAAGUAUCUUUUGAAUUUUAUCAUUUCGUUACUCUCGUCGUCGUGAAGCUAUAUUUGCAAUGUAAACGUCAUGCAAUUUUUCUAACUGAUAUAUCAUACAAAAUAUCGCAUAUUUGUAACAUUUUAUUUGCGUAAACAAUUGUAUCGAUUAAAAGUAAUUUUUAUAGAGAGAGAAUAUAACACAAUUCGAUUCAAAAAUUGAAUCUCUAAUUUUUAAUAAACGAAUGCAUUUUUAUUUGUUUUGUCAUAAACGUUUUGUGAAAAAUUGCAGACGAGUCAAUUGUACUCGAAUUUUAAUUGAAUUACAUUGAAUUUUAGUGUACGUAAAUAUUUACAUGAACAAAUACAAACAACUUGACACAUGAACACACGCAUACACACAUACACACGUACGUCUGUAUUACACAUUGUGUAAUAUAAAUCCCACGUCUGGCUUAUGUUGCAGACAGAUAGUGCAAUAUGUUUAACAAAAUUGUCUUUUUACAAUUACAUUUUAUAAUGAUUU